CGAGUUGGUUGCUAUUAUUAAAAAUAGUAGACUUGUGAGUUUAAGAAUGCAGUAGUUUCCUUCAAAUUCUCAACAUCUUUCUUCUAUAUAUAGGACAGGACGUUAGCGUAAGCAGACACUUCAAGAAGACUUGGGUUGAUAAAUACAUACUAUAAUACAUCUUCUUGAAGUCUUUCUCCAGAGUAUAGUUUGGCCUCGGAAAUUUACUAGUCCGACUAAUUCAGAUUCACGUUUGUUGAAAGCCUUGAUAACUUUAUAGUUUUUUUCUUUUCAAGCAAAAAUUCGCUGGAUUGAUUAAUUCAGAUUUGUAUUGUCGAAAACCCUCAUAGCUUUAUUGUUCAGUUGCUUCAAUUAAGAUCAUCAUGUCUCCAAUCAACUCAAUUAACUUGUCAAGGAUCUUCUCAAAGCUUGACAAGAAUGGUGAUGGCCAUGUGAGUCUUGAUGAACUAAAAGGAUUUCUUGAUCUCAUAGGCAUUAUUGCAAGCGAAGAGGAGCUAGAGUUGCUAGUUGGGAAAACAAGCCUAGACUCCAUUGAUUUUUUCCUCUUUUAUGAUGCCAUCACAAAAGCAUAUAUUAAACAAAGCAGUUAUAAGCACGAUGAUCAUCGACAAAAUGAUUUCUUGGAAAAUGACCUUCAGAAAGUCUUUGGAGUAUUCGAUUUGAACGGGGAUGGAUUCAUAUGUUGUGAGGAGCUACAGAGUGCAUUGUCAAGAUUAGGAUUGUGGGAUGAACAAUGUGGGAAAGAUUGUAUGAGCAUGAUUAAUGUUUAUGACAAAAAUUCAGAUGGGAAACUUGACUUUGAGGAGUUUAAGGACAUGAUGUUAGCUAAUUAAUUAGAAUUAGAGAGUCUAAUCCCGCUUCCAGUCUACCAAAAAAAUGUUUUAGUUGUAUGCAUUUGGAUUAAUGAUGCUAGAUGGUUUGCUGGGGAUUUGGUAGUCUUGUUGAACUUUAUUAUUAAUAGACUUUUAAUGCUUCAGAAAUAUUUUGC